AUGCUUAUAGUAGGAUUAACCGGUGGAAUCGCAUGCGGCAAAUCGACAGUUUCCCAUGAGCUUAAAACGAAAUACCAUUAUACAGUGAUUGAUGCAGAUUUGAUUGCUAGAGAGGUGGUUUUGCCUGGCAAACCUGCCUAUAACAAAAUUGUUAGGUCAUUUGAUGAUGUCCACGAUUUACUACACGAAGAUGGCACACUCAAUAGAACUGUCUUGGGCCAAGUUGUCUUCCAAAACAAGAGGAAACUAAAGGACCUCAAUUCGAUUGUGCAUCCUGCCGUUCAAUGGGAAAUCGUUAGACAAAUUCUAAGGGCUUACAUUUCUUGCAAAAGCUUAGUCAUCUUGGAUGUUCCUUUGUUGUUUGAGUCGCAAUUACACUUGAUAUGUGGACUAAUAGUCACGGUUUCAACAAAGUCUGAAUUACAAAUUGAAAGAUUGCUUGCAAGAAAUGCCGAAUUGUCAAGGGAAGAUGCAGAGAAUCGAAUUAAAAAUCAAAUGACGAAUGAGGAGAGAAAUUACCGAAGUGAUAUUGUUAUUGACAAUUCAGGAUCAGUAUCAGAUUUGAAAAAGUCUGUUGACACACUUUCACGUGAGAUUAAACCUAGUAUAGUAUGGACAAUUUUGGACUUGAUCCCGCCUUUUGGUGUCGUUUCAGCAUUGUUCACGUUCACUAUUAAAAGAAUAACGGAGAAAUACAAAGGUAAUAAACCAAAAAAUCAAUAG